AUAAUAUUAAAAAAUAUUAAUGUAAAUUAUAUAUACAGUAACUACAAAAAUAUGUUGAAUUUAAAUAGCAUAGAAUCUAAAUUCAUAAUAAAUUGGCUAUUAUUUGUUGUUUCAUUACAACAAAUCUAUUGUUUUAAUAAAGAAUAUAAAUUAGGAUACAAUGAUGGAUAUAAUGAUGCGAUUGGAAAUCUAAAAAAUAAAUUUGAUAAUCAAGUGGGUAAUGGACACCACUUAAAACUGUAUCAAAGCGAUUAUGAGUUACCAUAUAAAGGACCCAAUUUUGAUGACUAUGAAACUGAACAACCAACAGACAAGCCUAAUGUUGAAAAUUAUGCAAAGAUGUUUGGUGUCGACGAAAAAGAGUUUACCGAACGUAUGUCAAAGUUGGACGCAGUUUGUCGGGAAAAAAUACGACCACAUUUGGGCCCAUGUAUUGAAAGGGCGACCAAUACUUAUAAACUCAAUACACAACUUGAAAAGCUCGGAGAAAACGAGUGCAAAGCUCUUUGGGAUCUAAUGUGUUGUUUCUCUGAAAUUGUCACAACUGAAUGCAAAGAUGUAGAUCAGAAACUGAUGAAAACGGGUUUCAAUGCCAUCCAGAAUGUCAUCGAACAGAAAGAUUGCAAAAAAGUCAAAAGAGGAACCGUUAACUGCAAAUCAUUAACUACAGACACAAUGGCCAUCAAGUUUUAUAAUGUCUAAUAUAAUUAAAUGUUAAUUAAUUAAUUAAUCAACUAUUUUAUUCAAUAAAUUAAUGCUUAAAUAAAAUUAAGUAUAAAAAUGUCACUUAUAGUAUUAUAUUUUGAUAAUUAAAAUACAUUUAAUUUAUUAAAAAUUAAGUAAAAAAUGCUGUGAAAU